AUGGCUUCUUCGAAUCACCCUGGAACCGAUGAUUCAAUUCGUCAUGUCACCGAACAUUGGAAGAAAUUGAAUGAAAAUUUAGCACAUGUUCCAAAGUUUCAAAGUGUUCAUCAAGCUGGUGUAACUGAAGAACAACUCAAACAAUUCGAAUCCAAACUAAACAUCACCUUACCGAAAGAAAUUCGAGCUGUAAUCAAAGUUCACGAUGGACGAAAACAUAUCGGUUUUGGUUUAGGCUAUCGUCUUCCAUCAACAGAUCUUCUGCCACUUUCUGAAUGGAAACCCUAUGAAAAAGAGAAUGAAGAUUUUGUCAAGGAGCUGUGCGAUUGUUUAAGUGAAGAAGACAAUGCCUGUGUGGAUAAACAUUUGUAUGAAGAUUUUCAAGAACAUACGAAAAUUUAUAAACAAGACAAAGGGAAAAGUUCGACAGCAGAGGAACUGUUUGGCUCUGUUCCUUGUGAAUUAUUGAUAAUCGGACAAGGAAUGGAUGAUUAUGCGGAACAAUAUCUAUUGAGUAUUCGAUCCGGAAGAAUUUAUUUGGCUAUUCACAAUAUUCCGGAAUGGAAAUUGAUCGGAUCAUUUGAAGAUUGGAUCAAUAAAGGUUUAUCCCAUGCUGAAGAUCAAAAAGCUGAACUUGAAGAACAGCAUGAAGAAGCAGAAGUUGCAUAA